UCGGUUUUCCCGUAGUUUGUGUAUGAAGCUUUACAUAUCAAAAAUUUAAAUUCAAUAGACAAUGGAUAAACAUUCAAUUUUGCUCGUUUUAACAUUUAUUUUGUUAGGAUCCUUUUGUAAUUCCCAAAAUCUAAUCAAAAGGCGUUGCAACACAUCAUUUCGCUGUUCUUAUGAAGAGAAACCCGUUUGGGCAACUACAACCGGUCAAGAUUGCUUAGUCUACAGAAAUGGUUGUCAUUUUCUAAGUGCUAACUGCGAUCGAGUUAAUAGGGAGGAACCUCCGGCAAUACCAAUUGAUAAGGAUUCUUGUCAGUCAAAGUGUGGUCAAAUGUGCCCACCGUUUUUUGUGCCAAUUUGUGCUAUUCUAAAUGAAGGUCAAAUGCAAACGUUCGGAAAUCAAUGCGAAUUGGAAAAUCAUAUUUGUAAAACGGGGCUAACUUAUAGCAUCUUUAGGGCAGAAGCAUGCCCGGAAAACCUGAAACAAAAAUAGUGUAUAUUAUCUUUUAAUAAUACGAUCAUUUAAUAUUCAAAACUAUUUAAUUUUUACUAAACUAACAAUAAAUAAAGUAAAAUUUUGAACAAAUGUAAACUUA